UUGUUUGUUUCAGAUAAAUCUGGAGGGAUGACAGCCCCCGAGGCUUUGGCCAAGAAUCACAUAGUGUACAAUGUCAAGUUCCUGGGCGUAACAGAGGUUGACCAACCAAAAGGCACAGAUGUCAUAAGGAUAGCAGUGAGAAAGCUGAAGUUCCAAAGGCAUAUCAAGAAAUCAGAGGGACACAAAACACCGAAGGUGGAGCUGCAGGUAUCCAUCUACGGAGUGAAAUUAUUAGACCCCAAGACCAGAGAUGUACAGCACAACUGUCAGCUUCAUAGGAUAUCCUUCUGUGCGGACGACAAAACCGACAAGAGGAUAUUCACCUUCAUCUGCACAGAGCCAGAGACCAAAAAACACAUCUGUUAUGUGUUUGACAGUGAAAAAUGUGCAGAGGAGAUCACCGUCAGCAUUGGUCGAGCAUUUGACCUGGCGUAUAGGAAGUUUCUGGAGUCUGGCGGGAAAGACGUGGAGAUGAGGAAACAGAUCGGCAGUCUGCAGAAAAGAAUUCUGGAACUGGAAACUGAAAAUUCCAAUUUGAAAGAACGACUUCAAGAUCUAGAGGAUCACAUGGCAGAUUGUCAAGGCUCACCGGCAUGGAGCACCAUAUCCAGGCGUCCCCCGACGGACGUUUUCGACAUGGUUCCAUUCUCCUCAGGGUCUCCUAUGGCAAGGAAACCUGCCAUCAAUGGGUCCUCUCCUCCUCCUCCCUCCUUUUCCCCUCCUCCACCUCCUCCACAUGUUUUCCUGAGAGAGAGAGGAACAGAUAUUUUGGGGGCGGAGCCUUUUGACCCGUUCCUCUGCAACACGUCCUUUCCUCCUGACGUCCAAUCUAAACUGGAUGAAAUGCAGGAGGGGUUCAAUAUGGGACUAACCCUGGAGGGCACCAUCUUCUCUCUGGACCCAGUGGACAGUCGCUGCUGACCACACCGCAACCCUAACAUGGACAGUUGAUGCUGACCACAACGCAUCCCUAACAUGGACAGUUGAUGCCGACCACAACGCAUCCCUAACAUGGACAGUUGAAACUGACCACAACGCAACCCUAACAUGGACAGUUGAAACUGACCACAACGCAUCCCUAACAUGGACAGUUGAAACUGACCACAACGCAUCCCUAACAUGGACAGUUGAAACUGACCACAACGCAUCCCUAACAUGGACAGUUGACACUGACCACAACGCAACCCAAACAUGGACAGUUGACACUGACCACAACGCAACCCUAACAUGGACAGUUGACACUGACCACAACGCAACCCUAACAUGGACAGUUGACACUGACCACAACGCAACCCUAACAUGGACAGUUGAAACUGACCACAACGCAACCCAAACAUGGACAGUUGAUGCCGACCACAACGCAACCCAAACAUGGACAGUUGAUGCCGACCACAACGCAUCCCAAACAUGGACAGUUGAUGCCGACCACAACGCAACCCUAACAUGGACAGUUGAAACUGAUCACAACGCAUCCCUAACAUGGACAGUUGACACUGACCACAACGCAUCCCUAACAUGGACAGUUGAAACUGACCACAACGCAUCCCUAACAUGGACAGUUGGUGACCCCAAUGCUUUCCUUUUUGUAGAAAUAAUUUAAUUGGUAAAGAAGUAUUUGUAUAAAAUCAACAUUUCUGGGACUACAGUGAGGGAAAAAAGUAUUUGAUCCCCUGCUGAUUUUGUACGUUUGCCCACUGACAAAGAAAUGAUCCGUCUAAUUUUAAUGGUAGGUUUAUUUGAACAGUGAGAGACAGAAUAACAACAAAAAAAUCCAGAAAAACACGUCAAAAAUGUUAUAAAUUGAUUUGCAUUUUAAUGAGGGAAAUACGUAUUUGACCCCCUCUCAAUCAGAAAGAUUUCUGGCUCCCAGGUGUCUUUUAUACAGGCAACGAGCUGAGAUUAGGAGCACACUCUUAAAGGGAGUGCUCCAAAUCUCAGUUUGUUACCUGUAUGAAAGACACCUGUCCACAGAAGCAAUCAAUAAAUCAGAUUCCAAACUCUCCACCAUGGCCAAGACCAAAGAGCUCUCCAAGGAUGUCAAGGACAAGAUUGUAAAGUACACAAGGCUGGAAUGGGCUACAAGACCAUCGCCAAGCAGUUUGGUGAGAAGGUGACAACAGUUGGUGCGAUUAUUCGCAAAUGGAAGAAACACAAAAGAACUGUCAAUCUCCCUCGGCCUGGGGCUCCAUGCAGGUUCUCACCUCGUGGAGUUGCAAUGAACAUGAGAACGGUGAGGAAUCGGCCCAGAACUACAUGGGAGGAUCUUGUCAAUGAUCUCAAGGCAGCUGGGACCAUAGUCAUCAAGAAAACAAUUGGUAACACACUACGUCAUGAAGGACUGAAAUCCUGCAGCGCCCGCAAGGUCCCCCUGCUCAAGAAAGCACAUAUACAGGCCCAUCUGAAGUUUUCCAAUGAACAUCUGAAUGAUUCAGAGGACAACUGGGUGAAAGUGUUGUAGUCAAAUGAGACCAAAAUGGAGCUCUUUGGCAUCAACUCAACUCACUGUGGUUGGAGGAGGAGGAAUGCUGCCUAUGACCCCAAGAACACCAUCCUCACCGUCAAACAUGGAGGUAGAAACAUUAUGCUUUGGGGGUGUUUUUCUGCUAAGGGGACAGGACAAAUUCACCACAUCAAAGGGAUGAUGGACGGAGCCAUGUACCGUCAAAUCUUGGGUGAGAACCUCCUUCCCUCAGCCAGGGCAUUGAAAAUGGGUCGUGGAUGGGUAUUCCAGCAUGACAAUGACCCAAAACACACGGCCAAGACAACAAAGGAGAAGCAUAUUAAGGUCCUGGAGUGGCCUAGCCAGUCUCCAGACCUUAAUCCCAUAGAAAAUCUGUGGUGGGAGCUGAAGGUUUGAGUUGCCAAACGUCAGCCUCGAAACCUUAUUGACUUGGAGAAGAUCUGCAAAGAGGAGUGGGACAAAAUCCCUCCUGAGAUGUGUGCAAACCUGGUGGCCGACUACAAGAAAUGUCUGACCUCUGUGAUUGCCAACAAGGGUUUGGCCACCAAGUACUAAGUCAUGUUUUGCAGGGGGGGUCAAGUACUUAUUUCCCUCAUUAAAAUGCAAAUCAAUUUAUAACAUUUUUGACAUGUGUUUUUCUGGAGUUUUUUGUUAUUCUGUCUCUCACUGUUCAAAUAAACCUACCAUUAACAUUAUAGACGGAUCAUUUCUUUGUCAGUGGGCAAAUGUACAAAAUCAGCAGGGGAUCAAAUACUUUUUUCCCUCACUGUACGUAUUGGUUUAAAUGGUGACCAAUGUCAUGAUAAAUGCACUGCAGUAGAUGACUAUUUUUCUACCCCAUAAAUAAAAUGUAUGUGUUAUUUUUGUUUGUGUGGGGGUGCAUUGCUUUUGAUUUUUAUGUUUUUUUGUGUGAUUUGGAUUAUUGUACAGUCAUUAAAUGUGAUUAGUGGUUGACAAGAUUGGAAGACCAUUAGCUCAUUGACUUCCUCCCAUUUUAUAGACUCAUGCCCUUCCUUGCACUUUAACAAAUAUUUUUCGGUGUAAUUUUGCACCAGGAAGCUCUUUUUAAAUGACUUUACCUUUCCUUUCAUUGUUGUUCUUCAAUAAACGUUGUAUUGGUUAGA